CUGCGCUCGUGGUAUUUUUUUUUUCAAUACGUCAACGUUAUCAUUCUAUCUAUUGUUGAAAACGCUUAAAAACUUGUGAGUUUGUACUUAAACUGUGUAUGUUUGUGAAGAUCUAAACUCCGGUACUCGGUUAUUCGGAAGAGCGUGCAUUACGUUUUGUUGUACAUCUGUGCUGUGCACAUAGCAUGCGGUGCGAAUAAAGAAGUGGGAAAAACAAACGAACGGAUCAUAUCUGCAUCAGCUGGAUCAAUCCGCCGCGCGUAGUACGGUGUAAAAGAAAAAGAGGGAAACUGGAAUUUAUCAUACGAUCUCUCAUCAAAUGUAAAUCUUUUCCGAUAGUGAAAUGUAAGCGCGUUCGUAAAGGAGUUUGGUGAUCUAUUUUUCGUUGUUCAUUCUAUGGUAAAUCGUCUGUGAAACCCGAUACACGUAAUCGUGCCCAAGUGAGAUCUAGUGGUAAAUUUGUAGUUUUACUUCACGCAGUGUGCUGUUUCUAUUUUUACACUGCUGGCUGCGUGCAAUAACAAACGCAUACGAGAAAGGCAUAUAAUACACUGCCAUUUCCGUUGAUACUCGCCGUAAUCAUACGUAUUCUAGGCGAAACGCACACGCGCCAUCCUGAAAGUUACUACCGAAGGAAUCUCGCCAUUCCGUUAUCAGCACACACAAUCGAAGACACAGGCCGGGGGCACAUCGACACCGUGUACGCGUGCAGCUGACCGAGCAGUCCAAAAAUCAACCCUCGCGCACAUUUGGAGAGCCCCACCUUAUCUGUAGCGACGAAGGGAAGAAGAAUCAUCACCGAACCACGACACCCGGUGGUCUGACAUUUUGGGACGUGUAUUGUAACUAGAUUAGUGUCUUGACCAGCUGGGAAACAUCCUGCAUUAGACGAAUAGAUUUGCGAUUAACCCUACUCCAAGUGGCAGAUAGCGCAAGGCAAAAUGAAUAACCUCAUUGCGAAGGCCAACUCCACUACCGAGAUGCGGGACAUUGCGGCUCGGAUCUGUCGGGAUUAUUUGACCGGUGCGUGGAAAACCAUAUCCGCCGAUGAACUGCAGCUGAAGCGAAUUAGCGGUGGGCUUUCCAACUUCCUGUACUACGUCAGCCUGCCGGAGCAUCACUAUUACAACAACAAUAACAAUGGAGGUACGAAAUCGAGUCCUGCUGGUUCGCGUAGAGGGUCCUUCGCCACGGAGCGCACCGGCACAAAGACGUCGAACAGCAGCAGCACCAACAAGGCAAGGAAUGGUAGUAAGCGAGCCCGAAAGGAUAGCUGCGCUGGUAUGCUAGAACCGAAAGAGGUGCUGCUAAGAAUAUACGGCCAGACCCACGGUGAACACGCGAUGGAAACGAUGCUUACCGAAUCGGUGGUAUUUACGCUGCUAAGUGAACGCAAACUCGGCCCCAAGCUGCACGGUAUCUUUCCCGGUGGGCGCAUCGAACAGUACAUUCCGGCACGGGCACUGCUGACGGCCGAACUGAGCGACACGAAAAUUUCGCUCAAGGUGGCAGAAAAGAUGGCCGCCAUCCACAGCAUGGACAUACCGGUUUCGAAGGAACCGGACUGGAUCUGGAACACAAUGAACCGCUGGCUGAAGGGUGUUACGGGUACGCUCAAAACGAUGGAACGCGAUCGUGCGAAUGGCAAUGUAAAGGGCGGCAACGGGGACCAAUCGAGCGGGGUGGCGGAGGUAGACGAACGCAUCCUCACCGAGAUGGAUUUGGCGGGUGAGGUUGAGUGGUUACGGUCGGUGGUUGAGAGCGAAGAUUUUCCGGUCGUGUUUUGUCACAACGAUUUGCAGGAAGGUAACAUACUUCUGCGGCAGGAUUAUCCAACAAUGCAUGACAAUUCCUAUCGUGAAUGCUCAACGUUGGAUAACUUUGACGAAUCGACUCAGCUCGAUUCGCAUUUCAGUAGCAUCUUGAUAUCGAAUGGAGUGGUAUCUAGCAACGAAUCGAUUAAUCCUUCGGACGGCAGCAACAUCAAUCUAAACCGAAUUUCAAGGAAACGUUCGUUGGAUCACGAUUCAAUGGAGAACGAUCUGGACAAUACGCGCGACUCCGUGCUGAGCGGCAAUUCGCAGGCCCUUUCGGAUGCAAACUCCGCAACGGACGGUGAGCCGGAACUGAUGAUCAUUGACUUUGAGUACUGUGCCUACAACUAUCGCGGUUUCGAUUUGGCUAACCACUUCCUCGAGUAUACGUUUGAUUACACCAAUGCGCAGGCACCGUACUUCUACCAUAAGCUGGACCAGUACCCUUCCAUCGAACAGCAGGAGAAAUUUAUCGUGCAGUACCUGAGCCACCUAGCGCCACCGUUGGAUGAUGAGCUGGAGGAGAUUGGUGAUCGUGACGAUCCUGCGGAGGACGAAGAACGCCCCAAAGUGAGUUUGAUGGGAGGCAGUGAAAUUGACGAGAUUGAGCAGGUGCGCCGGGAAGUGCAGUGCUUUACGAUGGCUUCGCAUCUGUUCUGGAGCCUCUGGGCAAUUGUGAACGUAUACCAGGAGAUAGAGUUUGGCUACAUGGAGUACGCAAUUUGCCGGCUAAAGCAGUACCAGCAAGCGAAACAAAGCUACAUUGAAUCGACACACAUCGGCAGCCCUGGAGAGCAAACUCCACCGGUGGAUCCUGAAAAAUGAGCCAGGCAUAACUGACAAACAAAGGCGUGGAGAAGCAGGAAUAGAGACGGGGCAGAUGGUGUUGGCGUGCCGGGAAAGGCUGAUGUGAAAAGAAAGAUUUUACAUUGAGACAAGUUUUGAAUCUCGUACUACCGGUCACUUUCAGAUACACCGUUCGAAAAAUUAACCGUUUCAUCUUAGGACCCACAUUCGCUCAUCCUUUUCCCACGCGCCUCGCGCUCGCGCCUUUCCGAAGGGCUGUGCUUGUUUGUUCUGAAUUAAUUGUGGCUGUAAGACUCUUAAGUACACUAUUAAAGAAAAAACCUAACCAGCUUACAAAAAGGCCGAAAGUGAACUCUAGAACGAUGGCGUUAUCGGCUUGUUUUCGCGCAUUUGCAAGCGAGAAGCUCAUAUAUGCCCCCACGCACACACGCUCACUUACUGGUGAUACAUACGCCAUAGAGAAACGAGAGAAAGAGUUAAAGAGUUUGGUACUUGAUAAAGAAAGGAUCCAGGAAGGGAAAGUCGAUCAUAUACGGAUAAAGAUGGGGAAGACGAUACUACUAGCUGUCGGAGUUGUAAAGAACGCCAGUGAGCAGUUGAUAUUAAAAGCAGUAGGGAAGCUAUGAUGCCAAUAUUCUGGAACAGAGGGGGGGAUUAUGUGUGGUUAUGAAGAAUAGCGAUUAGCAAAUGUCCAAAAGCGUCGUCAUUAUUGUAAAACAGUAUUAGUUGCUAUAACGAGAUGCUAAUUUCUGUGGUAUUGCUAGCAUGGUAUGUACAUGUCCACUAUCGGGUUUUGGUGUUUGGCUCAGCUGGGCAACUGCUGCUGUCUCUGUCCCCGGUUGUGACUAUUUAUUUUUCACUUUGCUGUACAUAUACUUUAAUCGCAGAAUCCCCCAUUGGUGUCGCUCCCCCGUCGAAGUGGUGACGCGAAACAAUUCACGCUGGCGUGUUGUGCGCCACUGAUGCGCCCCGUACAAACAUAUUUUCAAACGUUGAUCAACUAUUAUUCUGUAUUACAAGGCACAACCACAUCCUGGACAGCGAGUGAACAUAGGCUAGUAAAGAAAGAAGGGUGUGAUAUGACGAAUUUACUAUUUACCUUUAAAGAAAAUAUUUGCCUGUUCGUAAUUUUUAGUUUCGUUCGUAAACAAAGGAGACUUUUGUAUUUUGCAAUAAAUGUGUAACAUUUCGAGUUUUA